GCCAACUUCACUCAGGGACUGAGAUUUAGACUGAGGCUCUCAAAUUGCAAAUCGAACCUCUCAUCCUCCUCCUACUCCUGGGAUUUCUGGUGCUUCUUACUUUGUGAAGAAAAAUAAAGUUAAAAUCUGGAUCCAAUGGAGAACAUGAUGGGUCUUCUGAGAAUUCACAUCCAAAGAGGAGUGAAACUUGCUGUUAGAGACAUGAGAAGCAGUGACCCUUAUGUUGUUAUCAAAAUGGGCAAGCAGCAGAAGGUGAAAACCAAGGUGGUGAAGAAGAAUGUGAAUCCUGAGUGGAAUGAAGAUUUGACACUCUCAGUUGCAGACCCAAAUCUCCCAAUCAGGCUUUAUGUGUAUGACAGAGACACCUUUAGUUUUGAUGAUAAGAUGGGGGAUGCAGAGUUUGAGAUUGCGACAUUUAUUAAGGUCUUGAAGAUGCGCUUGGAAGGCCUCCCAGAUGGGACAAUAAUCACAAAAGUGCAACCAAAUAGGCAAAACUGCCUUGCUGAAGAGAGCUACAUUGUCUGGUCCAAAGGCCAACUUGUCCAAAACAUGGUCCUCAGACUGAGAAAUGUGGAGUGUGGGGAAGUUGAACUUCAAUUGCAGUGGAUUGAUAUUCCUACCUCUUAAGGGUCUCUAGAUUUGCAUUGCAUCCACACGGUCUAUGUGUAUAGUUUUGAGUCUUUGGUUCAUGAAUGUCAGAAUAGUGAUGUUUUAGAAGGGUAUCCACCUAUGUAGUAUGUAUUGCUAACAUAUGGGAUGUGAGAAAACAAAUUAGAAUAACUUGAUUUUCAUUAUGUAGUACAUUACUGUUUAUUUGAUUCUCAUUUUGGUUU